UCCGGCGGGGAUGUUGAGCGGCCCGCGGGGCUGGGGCAGCGGCGGCGGCGGCUCCUGACACCGGGGGAGCGGUCACUGAGGGAGCGGGAGGCCGGGGAUGAGCGGGGCCGCCGGCCCGGACUCGACUCCAGCAGCGCAGCAGCCGGACAGCCAGCGCCGUGGGCAGCAUGGCGGACAAGGAGCACGGACACAUCGAGCCCGCCUGGUGGCUGCAGGAUGAAGGUCAUUUCCUGCUGCCGCUGAACCGUAAAGUAAUUUAUCAACACAGACAGAGGGACAAUGCACCAGUGACUGCUCAGAGUAUGGAAACGUUGUUUCACAACGUGCUGGACGACAAUCCAGCUGAUGUUCACCAGCUUUUCUUUAACACCCGGCCGUCCGUCUUUGAUUCCAGUGAUGAGGAUGGUACGUUCGAGGACGGUUACGAGUCCAAUGAGGACGGGGUGCAGCGGAUCACGGACACCUUCUGCGGGCUGCGGCGGAACUUCCUGUGUGACCCCCCCCAGCUGGCACUGCGGCCCAUCGCCGACCCCUACUGCACAAAGCCCAAGCCCUACAGGGGCCCGGCAGAGGAAGCUGAAAGGAUUGGGCAGCAGCUGGUGAAUGAAGAGGAGCAGACGAAGAGGAAGGCGGAGAAACGGAGGCAGAAGAAGAAGAGACAGAAAGAGCGGCGACGGCAACAGAAACUGGAGAAGGAAAAUAGAAGUGAGGAGAAAAAUGAAGAGAGUGUUAACGCUAAGCCGGUGUUGACGCAUUGCGAGGAGUGCGUGGACGGCGUGCGGGAAUGCGUGGAGGUGGAUGCAAACAUGAACUGCAAGGCUGCCGUUGCUGUGGAGAGCAAGCUGCCGAGCGGAGCCGCUGGCAACGUGCCCGGCCUGAGAGUGGCUGCCAAAGUCAGCAGAGUGAAGCCGGAGCGCGAGGCGGGGAGCGUGGUGGCCACCGACAGGUCACCGUCUGAGGAUGAAUGGGACAUGUCCAGUUCCUUUGUGUCAAAAGCUGCCAACCAGAUCAAACGGAAACUGAACAUCAAACCCAAAGCUGAGAGGAAGGAGAUUGAGAAGAAGAAAGCUGAGAAGAAACCAGAGCAUCCUGUGGACUCAACGUCAUUGAGUGACAAGAUCCUGGAAUUGGCAGUACAGGGUAACAGUAUGGCGAACACGGGUCGCUAUGAAGAAGCAGUGGCUUUAUUCACAGAAGCAAUUAAAUACGAUCCCAAGGAAUACAGGCUGUUUGGGAACCGCUCCUACUGCUACGAGAGGCUGCAGCAGUACAGCCGGGCCCUGAGUGACGCUCACACUGCACUCACCCUCAACCCAUCCUGGCCCAAGGGCUACUUCAGGAAAGCCAGGGCACUGGCUGGGGUUAAGAAAUACGCGGAGGCCAUCGAGGCGUUUCAGCAGGUGCUGGAGAUCGACGACUCGUGUGAGGAUGCCGAGUUUGAGCUGCUGCAGAUCCAGACCAAGCUCAUGAUGGAGCGAGGUUUCACACAGCAGCAGUGUGAGGAAACGCUGAAGUUGUACGGAAGCUUUGAGCAAGCGCUGGAGGCGUUAUCUUCAUCAGCACAGAAAGCUGGAAGCAGCCAUGUCGGCUCCGGCUCCAGCACCUGCCUGUCCGACGGAGACGACAAGGACUUUGUUCGGGUGAAAAAACACUCAACGCAGAACAAACACAAAGACAAAGCCCCCGUGCCGCUGCCGGCACAACAACCCUGCAAACUCUUCCCCAUCUGGAUUGGGAAUGUGACCACUCGAAUCAGCGAAGACUCGCUGCGUGUAAUGUUUGAAAGUGUGGGAGCCAUCCACAGCGUGAGAAUGCUUCAAGAUCGCUUCUGUGCCUUCAUCAACUUCACCACCAAGGAGGGAGCUGAGCGAGCUAUCGCAGAGCUACAGGGUAUGGAGCUGGAGGGAACCAAGCUGGUGAUCAGAUACCCAGACAACAGCUACAGAACCCUGGGGGGGGCUGCCCGGGGGGGAAGUGCCCACUAGGCACGGCUCUGUGAGUACCCCCCCCCCCUCU